CCUUGAAUAAACAAGCAUAUGUUUAGGUUUGAGUUGUACGAUUUUUAAGUUGUUGAAAAACUUGCUCACGUUUUUAAAAAAUGCGCUCGAGACUCGCGCUCUGCUGCGUUCUAUUUUGGAACGUUUGUGCAUUGUGACAUCACUCGACAGUCCCUUAUAACCGCGCGCUCGCAGACUGUCUUCAGUCAGAGACAGUGAGAAUCUGAGCGAGUUUGAGUGCUAGAGAAGAUCUACAUACGAAAGUCUGCACACAACACACACAGUGUACAGACUAAAGUCUACUAAACACUCAAGAGUUUGUCCACUCACUCUCAGCGUCACGAUGUGUCCAGCAUCUGAGUCCGUGUCUAAUGAGACAGAAGCGGCUGCGUGGCUGGAUAACAUCAGCUUCUGCAGCGGCUUCUGUCAGUGGAUCGACGAAAAGUUGAUCGAUUCACUGCCAGCUGACUCCCAGCAGCCUGUCGAGUCAACAAGGGCUUCAGAAGCAGAAGCAGUGAGUGCACAGCCUUCUGCUGAGAAAAGCCCCACAGAGAUUCGUGCUGGAGGCAACAGGAGGAGCAGAAUCCAUGCGUUCUUCAAGAGAGCCUGGAAGGCCGUGAAGAAGCCGUUCCUCCGCUGCAGACGGUCACGAGUGGAGUCUGAUCCCGAGCCGGUGUCUGUCCCGGGACCCUCUGAGCUCCAGAACGAGCCUGACACCGAGCCCACAUCUGCUCCAGAUCUCCCCGACUGGAGGCCAACUACCAAAUCUUUGCACAAAUUGUACACAAUGCAAGAUUUGAUAGGAACAGGAAGCUUCGGCAAGGUGUAUAAGGCAAUCCGAAAAUUCGACGGUCGAGAGGUUGCCAUCAAAACAACACGGAAAUGGAACAACAGCUGUUCUCUUCAAAUACCUCGUUGUUCCAGACGUCUGGCUACAGAAGUGGGGCUGAUGCUGAUGUUGAGACGUCCUCCAGUGUGCCCCUACAUCAUAGAAAUGUACGAGUGGUUCGAUCGGCCCCUGGUCUUCUCGCUCGUUCUGGAGUUCCCUCAACCCUGCGUGACCUUGCGAGAGUUCAUCAUGGAUUCGUCAGGACUGAGUAAACCGGUCGCGCGUGGCUUCAUGCGUCAGUUAGUCCUGGCGGUGCAGCACUGCAUAAACCACGGCGUGUUUCAUAAUGACGUCCAUGCUGACAACGUCCUGGUGAACACCGACACUCUGGAGCUGAAGCUGAUUGACUUCGGCUCCGGUCACCUGCUUGACAGCGCUGGCUAUGACAGCGUCAAAUAUAUAGGAGCAUUCCUGUUCUGCCCACCAGAGGUCUUCUCCAAACCCAAAUACUACGCCGUCCCAACAAACGUCUGGACUCUAGGUGUGACGCUGUACAUGAUGGUCAACAUAAAACUGCCUUUUUCAAGUGUCAAGCAAAUAUUGAAAGCCUGUCCUUUCCCUUGGAAAGCUGAGCUAUCCAGCGCAUGCAGUGAUCUGAUCCACCAGUGUCUGGAGCGCAGUCCAGCGAAGCGGCCCACGUUAGAGCAGAUCUUACAGCACCAAUGGUUUGAAAGUCAGCUCUAGGAUGAAGGCAGGCGUGGGAUCCUUCUGUCCUCUGGGUCAGACGAAGGAUGAUGAAACAGAGACUGGAUGAAGACAGGGUCAAGAAUACAGUUCCUCAGAGGACACACAACAUCCAGUCGGCUGAAGAACCCAGGACUAGACAGAAAACACAACGCAGAGACGGAAACAAUGUCUCAUUCUCUGGAGACCAUGAGCCAUAG